AUGGGUACAGGAUCCCAGGUCGCUUCAUUCUGUCUUCGCAUCUGCGAAGUUGUCAGUGCCGCAAUUGUUGCCGGUAUACUCGGCUUCUACUUGCACCUUCUUGACGAUGCUCACGCUCACGCGAAUGGCCGAAUCGUGUAUACCAUGGUGAUUGCGGGUAUCAGCAUACUUGCAGCUCUGCUGUUGAUGCCUCCCUUGAAAUACUCUUUCUGGGCAUUCCCACUCGACUUCGCAUUGUUCAUAUGCUGGAUCGUUUCCUUUGGAUUGCUGGUCAAUCUCACAUCGUCCGGAGGGUGCAAUUCUCGGUGGUAUUGGUCCAACUGGGGAUACUACUGGGGACACUGGUACCGCGUAGUUCCCAUUACUGGUACAAACGAAACUCUUGUUGGCACAGUCCACUGUGGCACGUGGAGGACCAGCAACGCUUUUAUCUUCAUAGGAGCUUUCCUUUGGCUGGGAAGUGGCCUUUGCGGGCUCUACUGA